AUGAACUCGGUGGACAGAGACCUGGAGAAGAGAGACUCGGAGAAGAGAGACUCGGAGGAGAGAGACGGAGGGAGGGACUCAGACGAGCACCGCCCCAGCAGUCCUGACGAGCUGGAGUGUAAGAUCUGCUACCAGCGCUACUCUGCCCACGGCCGGCGGCCCAAGCUGCUGGGCUGUCUGCACCGCGUGUGUGCCCGCUGUCUGCGGCGCAUGCUGGACCUGGGCUCUGCGCCCGACUGCGUCAGCUGCCCCUUCUGCCGCCACGAGACGCCGCUGGGUCAGCUGAACGUGGCCGCGCUGCCCGACGACGCCAACCUGAUGGGCCGGCUAGCGCGGCGCGACACGCACACGUCCUGGAGCUCCGAGCACCGCGAGGUGCUGCUCACGCCGGACGGGCUUGCCGCAUUCCAGAGCCCCGCCCACGAGCCCAGCCAAGACACCUGCCUCGUCAUCACCAUUAUGGAGGUGCAGCGCGACAGCCUCCCUGGUCGCCAUGGAGAUGCGUUGUCCACUUCGUCGUCGGAGGGCAGCCUGGACUCGGCGUCUCUGGGCUCGGCGGGCGGGCGGGCGGACCGGGAGCAGGACGGGCUGUCAAAGCUGUGCGCCCAUGUGCCGCGGGUGCUGGUCUGGCUGCUGGGCUGCUUCUACUUCGGCUCGCUGCCGCUGGGCAUCUACCUGCUGGUCAUCCAGCGCGUCACACUGGGCAUCGUGUGCGUCAGCCUCGUGCCCACCAGCCUCACCGUCUGCCUGGUCUACGGAUUCUGCCAGUGUCUCUGCCAGGGCCUCUGUGACUGCUCACCCAGGACAUGA